CUUCCUGCAGAUAAAUGUAAAAAUGAAGGACAGACUACAGGAGCUGAGAGAUGUUGCAAAGCAGAGGAGCAGCUUUCAUACUAGACAGCUUUACUUGGCUUAUGAUAAUGCCAGUUACAGACAAAAUGAGCUUAGAGAUGUGGACCACUGUCUGAAGGACAUCUCUAAGUUUUAUUUGGGAAUAAAAGAACUAAUACAACAGUCAGAAGAAAUUGACAAAAAACAGCAGCAGGUACUUUCCUGCACUACACAAGAAAGUAUAUGUACUGAAAAGAAGAAUUUGAGCCAGACAAAAAAGUCUUUCCUGGACAAUGCACAACUGAUUCACUCUCAGCUGAACACACUGGAGCAGACAUUAUACGAUCGAAAUAAAAGUGCAUCUGCCAACAGUCGCAUUCGACAAUGUCAACACAUAGCUCUAAAAAAGCAGUAUCAAGAUGUUAUCUAUCAGCACUAUGUUAAGGAGACUGAGUAUACUCACAAACUGAAGACACAGAUUAUGAGACAGGCAGAGCUGGCAGGAUUACAUCUUUCACAGGAAGAUAUAAAUGUUUUUGUGGACAAAUCGAUAGCUUUACAACUUGUUGGUCAUGAUCUUCAGAUCAGUGAAGCCAAGAAAAAUUUAGCAGCUGUAGAAGAAAGACAGAGACAGUUGUUAGAACUGGAGUCCCAGAUUACUGAACUUCAUGUCCUGUUCCAAGAUUUUGGAACAAUAGUGAAUGACCAGCAAGAUGUGCUUAACUGCAUAGAGUAUAAUGUUCUGAAAGCAAAUAACUAUACCUCUCAGGCAAAUGAACCUCUUAAAAAAGCUUUGACAUAUCAGAAGAAAUCUCGUCUCAUGUCAGCCAUUUCUGCAGUAUUAGGUGUGUGUGUCUGUUGCACGUGUUUGUCUUGUGUUACAAAAACAUUGCCUUAAAUGUACACCUGAGAGGCAACAUGACCUAACUGAGCAACUACUUUCAGUAAGCACAGCAUUAAAAAAGAUAAAACAAAACCUGCAAUACCAUUGGAAGGGAUUUUUUUAUUCUUUUUUUUUGUUGUUAUUCAGCAUGGAACAUAAAAUCCUACUUUUGUAUUGAUUGGUGUUUGCCUGAGACAGUGAAUUAAUUCAACAGAACUCAGCUGAUUCAUUUUCAGGUACAUUUUAAAUACAAAACUUUAUAUGGACUGCUGCAUAAUAUUAAAGCAUUCAAGGCUGUGAUUUAUCAAAUGCCUUGCCAUAACAUGACUUGGCUAUAUUCUGUGACAUCUUAUGUGUUAGGUAAAUACUUUAUAACUCAUAUCUGGAUUUUGAUUUAAUGAUUAAAUUAUUGUAGUUUAGUUUUAUUAUGUUUUGAAUUUUGUAGGUAAGAUACAUACAGACUGUCUUCCAUUAUAAUUUAUUGUCUUCCUUUAAACAGAAUACCAGUUCCAGAACUGUGUACAUUAUUUGUUAAUUUAUUUAUUAUCCUUUUGAUUACGAAUAUUGUUUCACAACAUAUUUCAUAUGAUUAGCAGUUACUUAGAUUUAGUUUAAAUGAACCAGUUACAGAAACUUAAAACAUGAAUUCUAAUGUUAGAUAAGGACUGCUUGACCCACGUAGUCUAUAGUUACCUUCAUACUGAUACACUGCAGGUUCUACUUAAGAAAAAGUUUAUUUCCUCCAGCAAGCACAAGAAUUGAUUAAUGUCUUUCCCAUACUGGCGUUAAGCACUUCAUAGUUGGAUAUAAGCUUAAGAGAAGGAAAGAGAAAUUUCACAUUUACUUUAGCUUUGCUUACUUGUAUUAUCCAUUAGCUAAGCAUUUUUUCAGUUUAUUUUCUUUGAAUUUGGCAACCAUUUAAAACAUGAAAACAUAGUUACUUCACCAAAAGUGUUUGCUGUAGUCAAACAUCUUACUCAAGGUGCAAUUAAAACUUGUAAAAAUAUAUAUUAAGGUGUGCUAUUGUCUUAUUAUUUAGGGAUAAACAGUCAUGAAAGAGGCAAAAUAGUCUGCCAGUUUAUGCAUAGGUUUGAAAACUAAAGGUUGUAUGUUCAUACCUUGAUAGAAUCAUAUAUACAUAUUUGGAUAUGCACUGUAUGACCUGAGAAACUUACACAAAUUGUUAACGACUGCUACUUGGUUAGAGAAAUUGCAAUGGACUGAAAAUGCUAUGUCUCAGCAUCCAUACUGGACACUGUAAAUGGAAGGCAUAGAUAGGUAUACAAAAGCAUCAUUUCAGAAUAAGGCUGUGUAGUAACGUGGCUGAAUAUAAAAAAAAUCAAAACUCGUCUAUGAUCAGAAGUAGAGCAAAUAUAUAUGUUACCAUACCUGAGGCGACACAGUUCCAAGUAUCAUUUUAUUACAAAGUACGCCAUUUUCACUAGUUUUCUCAUAUAUCACUGCCAAACCUUUCUCUGUCACUAUAGGCAGCUGAAGUUAACUUUUCCUGCAAGUUGCCUGACAUGCAAACUAACCACUGAAACCAAAUGUGUUAACUGCAGGUGUUAUUUUAUUCUGACAUGACUUCUCUUACUGCCAUAUUUCCAGAAGCAGUGAUGUAAGCAGAAUAUCAUCUUUUCAUGCUUUAGCUAGAAGCAUAGCUCUCAACUUCUUUCAAGAAUCAUGGACAAAACCAAAAACAAUGAGGGACAAUUUUUAAAUAUUACUGUAAUUCACUUAAAAAAAAUAAAAGAAUGCCAGAUUUUGCAUCAAAAUGCAUUUCCUGAAGAAUGAUAGGUAGAAGGCACUAAUGCCUGGCAUUAGUGACUGUAAUCCUUAGUGAUCUACCAGAAAUUCAAACAUUCUAUAAGGGACAGGGUAAAAAUAGAUGCAAAAUUAGGGACCCUGAAAAAUCAGGGACCACUGAGAGCUAUGAAUAGAACUAAUACAAUAGAAACUAUAGUUAAAACCGUAAAAUACUGCAUGAAAAAAAAAACAUUGUUUUAUUUUUCCAUUUCUGCUAGGUUAGGUUUAACCCUGAGGUCAUCCUGAUAUCAGAUGAACUCCAUAGGUCAAUGACGAUUACCUUCUAUAAAUUACAUGUUCAUAUAGCUAGCUUGUGAGGUACUGUAGUACACUCUUCUGGGAUUUUAAUGUGUCAGUGAAGAAUUCAGGAUGUUCUUUUAACAGUGUUACCCAAACAUUAUAAAAACAUCCAGAUGAGGUACAGUAUUAUCUUAUAUUGUUAGGAUGAAAGCUUUAAAUGACAUUAUUAUUUGGAUAGGAACACAUAGUCUGCUUGAGAUGUCUAAUGGAGGGUUAUUUAUGAUAACGCUACAUAACUAUUUAUAUAUGCAGAGUAAAUGUUUAUUUUGAGUGACCGUUUUUCCUUUUAAUCAUAAGGAAAGACAAAAAACACACUGCCUCUGUAUUACUUAGUAGGAAUGAUUUGUGACACUCUUUUUAUCAUUUCUGUCAAGUUAUUUAGGUGAUCUUUCAUUCCUUAAUAUAUAGGAAAAAACAGCAUGAUUGUUAAUCACCUUUAAAGUACAAUAUGUUAAAUAAAAGAGAAUACUGCAGGUAACCCUACUGGCUACUUAUAUUUUUACAAAUUCUGUAUGGGAAUCUCUACAUAUCAAAAAGGUUGCACUUUCUCAAAUAUCUGAAUAAGCAGAGGAUGUUCUUGGGCUGUAUUCUUUUUUUUCAAACAUCUGUAUUAAAUUUCCACAUAUGACAAAGGCAAUCUUACAUUUAUAUAAAGGAAAAACAUACAAAAUUAUAUCACUUUAGUUGCAAACAGUUUAGGUUUUAUGCACUCAGAACACGUGCAUUACUAUUUUUUCUUGUAAGUUCCUAAGUUACAUCUCUACUGAACUUUUGGAAAAUGCAAUCAGUAUUUCCGAUUCUUGUGAGACCAGUUUCAGACUUCAGCUGUAUAAUUUACCUGGUACCUUUUUAAGGAACUUACAUGUCACUAUGCAUUUGUGGUCAGCUUCAAAAGUCCAGUGUAAUGUGAACAAGGCUCCACUUCUGUGAUACUAAAAUGUUGCUAACCAUCACAUUCUGAUUCAAGCAUGCCCUCUUUGUUUACUAAUACUGACCAAAAAUGAAUGGGAAUCAAGUUUGUGUGUGUGUGUGUGUGUGUUUGUGCACAUGCAUCCAUUUGUACAUUUUUUGGCAUUCUUUAUCCAUAUAAGAACUAAAUAAUUUGCCAUACUAAUUAGAAAACUAGAGCAAACUUAUGCAUUAUGGUCUUCAGUCUGUAUACUACCCAAAUUUCUUCCACUGGUCACCACAAUCACCUCUCUUAGAAAGUGAAAGUACUUUAUUGCUUAAGUGAAGUGCCAGUAAUCAGUUACAAAAAAUAAUGGACAAAGUAUUGUUUGUAGUGCCUAAUGCAUUUAUAUGCCAACCCAGGCCAUCCCUAUGGUGUUGAUGUAACAUUUCAUAACCCAUUCCUGUUCUUUAUCAUCUAUUCAAUCACAAAAUAAAGAGAAAAUUGCCUGCUACAUAAUGCUUUGGUAUUUACUUAAAAUAACUGUGUCACUAAUACGUAACUGCUGAGAAGUCAUUUUUUGUUACAACAAAUCAGAUUGUGUUGUCAACAUUAAAUGCAGUAACACCACAUUUUGUACACUACAUGCUCUCAUCAAGAUUAGGGACAGUACAACCACUUUUCUCAAUAUAUUCAUUUCUAGUCAUGCUGGAGAAAGGGUCUUACAUUUAAAUGAGUGUAUAAUGUUGUACAAAAGCUUAUUUAUUUAUUUCACUACAAUGUUUUAUACAUUUGCACUUGAUUUUGAUGUUUAAAUGUGUACCAUAGUAAUUUAAAUUAUGAAUCACAGGUAAUGGCAUAAGCAGUAUUUUUCAAAACAGUAUAAACUACAGCCUGCAAUGUAUGGUUCAGUUAAAUGUGAAUGUUAUGUGAUCUGUUUUCGUGUACAAUAUAUAAAUGUGCACACACAUGUAUA